UCACAAAAUUACUUGUUUACAAAGGUAAAACAAAAUAUGUUUUAAUUAUUUAUUUAAGUUAUAAAUUAGAUUUCAAAUUAAUUAACAUUGAAUGAGCAUUUUAUUAACACGAUUAAGAUGUACAUUGUUUUCUUUCGAACGGAGUUAAAUAUUGCAAACGAGGCUGUGGUAUGCCGCCAUUUUGAUGGCGUGUUACGAUUUUUUAACAGUAACAAUAGUUAUCAUAUAUAGUGAAACUGAAUGGAUAACUGAAACUAAGAUGCCUUCAAAACAAUCGAAAAGCAAUUUUCUUAACUGGAUUAACCUUUCUAGAAUGUAUCUGCAAAUGUGAAUAUGGCUACAACGGGUACGGAAAAGUACAGUAGGAUUCUUCUUACUUUAGUUAAAGGAGGGACAAAAGUCACGAGAAGGUUCUUCGAAAAACGUGUUAAAGAUCUCAGUCCUGAACAAACCAUCGAUGAGUUUUUAGCCAGACACAAAAUUGCGAUAUUACAAAAGAAGCCAGGUAAAAACAAAAGAAAUAUCUAUUUCCCGUCCACAGGAAAUACGGAUCUGGAACAAUGGGACUUAAAUAUGUUCUGUUACAUAUUGAUCGAAACAUGCGAUUUGACGCCGACCUUGUGCAUGUACGUUGAGAAACUGCCAAAGAUCAGGAAUAAGCUUUGUCAUUUGAAUGAACCAACUCUUGAAGAUGUAAAAUUCCAAGAUUACAAGGACAAAAUAAAAUGUUGCUUUAAAAACUGCCUCAAGGAAAUAGAUGACGCGGAGUUCAAAAAUGAAAUAAAGCUACUAAUCAAGUCAUUUGCAUCUGGUCCAUUGACACUGGAGGAUACGCUCAAAUCAAUUCACACCUUUUAUCACAUGGAACUCGAUCAAAUGGAAAAAUUAGAUAAACUUGACCAAGGCCAGACGGAAAUGAAUGAAAAACUUGACAGAAAUCUCGAAAAGCUUGAAAGUAUUGAAUCACGCUUGCCACAGGGGACACCUGUUGAUGUCCCGGGCAUGGGCAUUGUCAUCAGUGUGAACAGUUGCAGCAACGACAAAGAAAAAGAAGUUUUGGGCGUUUUAGUGAAACAUUUCAACCAGAUAAUAAACAACAAGGAAUCAACUCUUAAGGAAGAUCUACCAAAUGGUGCCUUACAUACCAUAAGAGAGGCAGUUGAACAAACGUUCCAUGAAUUUUUAAAGAUGGGAAGGCAUAUUGUCAAAGUGGAACAGAAGUGUAUUUUACUUGUAGUGAAAUGUACAUCAAUUGGCAGUUUUGUAAAUCUUUUACGAGAUUAUAGGAAUGAUGCUCUCACAAAGCAACUCUCCGGACUUGAGACGGCCAUUAGAUCCUUGGAUGGUUGUGAAGAUGUUGAACUGGAAACCGCAAUCGACAAAGACGAAUUUUGGAGAGUCAUGGACGAACUGGUAUCGACCUUAGACGAGCAAGUGCAACCAAGUGAACACACCAUACAGCCAUAUAUGGGCCACUGCAGCCUCUCUAGUCCUUCACUCAACACAAACAGAACGAGAGUAAACGGCUUAGGCGAUAUACAUUUAGCUGAAGAUACUUCUCAACAAGCAAGGUUAAAUGAGAAUUCUAUUCGUCUGACAAUAAAAUGUGCAACACUUUCACAUCGGCAAAAACUACAGGAAUAUUUUGAAACGGGUGUUUUUGAGAAUGGAAUGAAGCGCAUUCAAACAGAAAUUGGAAACCAGUUAAAAAUACAAAAUAUGUCAAUCACAGCACAGUUAGUCAAAGACGGCAUUGAGUCUGAAAAAGGCAGGUCUACCAGUGUAGAGGAUACAUGUCUAGAUAGUGGCGAGGACGACAAAGGCAUAGCUUAUAAGUUUGAAGAAGCUGCAGGCAAUGUGAAUCAACAUCCAAAGAACAACGUAGAAAUGAACGAGUUGCAAAGUGAUUUAAAAUCACUGUGUGAUGAAAACGUUAGUGACAUUAAUGAACACAAAGAAGUUAAAAAUGAUGAUUUGUAUACCAUCGGAUCUUCAAAAGUGGAUCACACAUAUCUGGACCAGGUCGAAGACGAAACAAGUGAGACUGAAGACACAUAUACAAACGAACGCCAAAAGAACAAUUCAGAAAAUCAAGAAUUUCAAAGUGAUUACGACAUACAGUCAGAUGAACGGAUGUGUGACAUUGACGAACUCAUUUACAGCAGUAAAAUGUCAAUGUUCGAAGGAGAUCGAGAGAAGGCUAGAAAAUUAGCCAUUGAAGCUACAGGUCGCAUUGAUAAAGAAAAGGAAAAUUUGCUUACAGAUUCGGAAUCAGCAUCAUGGGACGAAAAGUUAACCGACUGGUAUUGGGACUGUUAUUCUAUUCUCAAUUUGCUUAGUGAAACCCAAGUAGCCACAAGGUGCUAUUACACAGCGAUGGUUUUUGAUCCUGAGUGGGAUUACGAUGAACACUUGCAUUUGUCAGAUAUGCUUUGGGGAAAGUUAGUUUAUUUAAGAUGGACGAGCACACCCAGUGAAAUAUGUCAGGAUGUUGAACCUUUAUUGAAAGAAAUAGACGGCUUAGCGCAUCUAGCCGAGGAAAGAAAACAGUGGUCUGUGUCCCUUGCAAUAGAUAGUGAUAUUGAAACAGUUUACUACUUCUUAAACAAGUUAAAGCGAUUUCGAAUGAUACCACUUGACACCAUCAAACAACCGGAAAGGACGUACGCUUUCAGGCGUAUGGGAAGAUGUUACCUUAACAUGGGUCUGCAUCAUGAUGCAAGGAAAACAUGUAUAACAAUUCUCCAAGAUAUGUGUGAAUAUGAUGAUACAGAGGCUUUUGAAAUUUGGGCACAAUCGCUCUAUGAGACUGGAGAUUUUGAGUUAGCACUGGACAAAAGUGCACUUGCCCUGAAGUAUUGUCAGAAUGCUGUUACUGAGGGAAAGCUGCGAACAUUUCAAAUAGAAAUCAAGAAAAAAAUAGAAGAGAAAAGGAUGCCUCAAACAAAUAAACCUGAUGAAGAUUGGUUACAAGGUACACAUGCUAAAUCGACGUCUACCUCAGGCGUACCGAAAAUACCAGAAAAACAAAAAAAGAAACAUAGAAGGCCUAAAGCGAGAGACUAUUCAGAACAAACUCAAUCUUUUAGAGGAGCUGUUCCUUUAGAAAAGGAGACUAAAAUCUAUGGUCACGAUAGAACUCGCCCUAAACCCAUUGAAUCUUUAAGCGAAAGACCAAGAACCUCAAGUGAAUGUAGUAUAACAACAAACACGACCGAAUGCAGUGUCUCGGAAUCAGAGUCGGAUAAUGACACCUAUACUUACAUUGAUGAAGCUUCAUCGACUAGUGAAUGUGAGAAUGAUGGGAUCGUCGACUCAGAAUUGUCAUUCUAUGAACAGAGCCUUCAAAACAGAACAAACACGUCACCUACUGAAAAACUUUUAAAAGGAGGCGUACAUCUCGGUCCGUCUUACUUAAAGCAGUUCGAUGACAAACAUCCUGAUGUUUUAGACAGGAAACAGUUUUACAACGAUCUUCUUCCAAAAGCUGAUCUAGAGAGAAAGGUUUUAUCAAAUCCAAAAAAGUACGUUAAGUGUGUCAUACAAUUUGAAACAUCACAUGAGGCGUAUUGUAAGCCUGUCGAUUCAAACAAGCAUAUUAAUUUGAUUGAAAUCUCCGGGCGCUCAAAGAUUGGAUGUAAAGUGUUUAACGAGGACGAGGUUGUUGUGGAAAUACUUGAUACUCAUGAGAAGGAAGAAAAAAGGUAUGGAAAAGUAAUUGGUGUUUGGAAUAGAAAACGGCACAAAGAUACCAAACAUCCUGUGCUUCUUUGCACAUUAGACGACAUGGAAAGUCAUCUUGUAAGGCCUAUGUGUAAGACUGUACCCAAAAUUCAUAUUCUCACAAAGGACAUUGCAAAACAAUUUAAAACUAAAAGAGAAAGAGCAUACAAGCUCGAGGUGUAUGAAUAUGAUGCGGGGAAAGGAUGUUUCUGCAAUCCGCAAACAAAAGAAAUAAAUCCAGCAGAUCAGGGUUCAUAUAUACUGGUAGUGGCCUACAUACACUGGGGUACACGUCAUAUUUAUCCAAGGGGAGCAGUUAUAGAUAUUCUGCCUAAAGUAAACAGUGUGUUAACAGGGCUUAAAAUCCUUAACCUCCAGUACGAGAUUCCUGGUCUGUACAGCAGGACUACGACUGAAUCGGUAAGAAGUUUGAUACGAAGUUGUGGAGAAGGUUUGGAAUUGCAAAUGCUUCAAGGUAGAACAAAUCUAACCGAAAUGAACAUUUUCACUGUUAAUCAAGCAGAUGUCGUCGAUUUGAAUUACGCAUUUAGUAUCGAAGAUGUUGAAGACGGUUACAAAGUUGGCUUACAUGUAUCAGAUGUGUCCGCGUUUGUAAAAAAAGGAUCACCAUUGGACGAAGAAGCCUCCCAACGAGCAACUACAUUUGAUGCUUUGUUUGGAAAGAAAAGAUAUAUGUUGCCAGAACCUUUAAGUGAAGAUAUAUGCAGCCUCCUACCUAACAAAGAAAGACUCACUAUAUCGGUAUUUUUACUCAUUUCAAGCAAUGGCAAACAAAUGCAGAUGGAGGGCAGAAAUUAUGAAGUUGUGCUGUCAUACAUAAAAUCAAAAAGGCAUCUAACAUAUGAAGAAGCUGAAAAAUUGUUAACUUCUCAGGAAAAGGAUGAUGGUGUAAGGGGAGACAUUUAUAAACUAUUCCAAGUUUCUUGCAAAAUGAAACAGUGCAGAUCAGAAUAUGCAAGUGACGCAUCUGAUUUUGAGUAUUUUGACGAACUGGAGUUCACAGAGUCUCAGACUGAAUCAGUGAAAACACAGAGCAUGGUUGAAGAGAUUUUAAUAGCGGCCAACAGGAAAAUAACACAACAUUUACUAGGAAACUACAGGAAUUGUGUACCGCUACAGUACAUUCCACCACCAAGUGAUGAGGCAAUUGAAGACUUUCAUAGAAAAGCAGACGUGUAUAAAGAUAUAAUUCUUAAAUUACAAAAUAAACGGAUUGGCACAACUGUUCCAAGUUUUAAUAAAUGCGUUGGCCAAAAGACGAACCGAUAUGUCAGUCUGUCAACAAACGUGUGGAAAUCAAUACUGGGGGCACCUAAAAAAGCAGCAAAAUAUAUCCAAGAAGACGAUCUUCAUCCGAUGCAGCUCACAACAUUCAUACAAUGGCUUGCUAUUAAAAAUGAAGCUGAAUACAUAUCUUCUGGUACAUUAAAAUCAACUGGAUUUUACAAAAAAGCAGACACAAGAUUUACAUCACCAACACGAUCAUUUAUAGAUGUCAUUGUGCAAAGACUCAUACAUGCAAAAGCUCAUAACAGAACAUGUCCUUAUCAGAUGGAGGAUAUUGAACGCAUCUGUAUUCACGCAAAUUCAAUGAGAAUGAGAGAACGGAAUUACAGAAAAGCUGGCUAUCUAUUGAAAUUAGCCACAGAACUCCGAGACAGUCCAGUGAUGAUUUAUGCAUUUGUGAACAAGGUCUCUGACAGUGGUGUUACCCUAUGUUCCUCGCUCCUUAAAAAUGCUUCCAAGCAAGAAAUGGAUUUGGCAUUUAAUCUGUUAGAUGUAGCUGUAAAACCAAAGGUGCUUGAAGACCAAAUUACACAUUGGAAUAAAGUGAAGACAGUGUGGAAGAAGAGGUUGUAUGAUUUCCAUAUUCGCACAAAUAUGCCAGAUGAUCGAGGCUACGAGCUGGAGUUAAAUACUCACAAAAACGUUGUCUUUGUUCCGUUACAAGAAUGGGCAAAAAUUUUGAAAUGCAGUGUUGAGGAACGUGUUGAAGACUUGUCUCGAGCUAUUAAAAAUGCUCAUGUGUCUUUUCAUAAUGAAGGACUGGAUGAUGUCAGCACAGAAUGUUUGAACUCGUUGGACUUAAAGCCAAAUACAACAUUUUCCAUGACAUUUUCGCGUGGUCAGCCGGUUGAAGUGCAGGUGUCAGCAGAGCCUGAUAGAGGUUUGCUUUCGCCAAAGCUUACGCUUUACAGAAUGACGAACAACGUAAAGUUUUGUCUUCAGCACCUGGCCGAUCCCGUGCGUCAUCUGUUUAGAUAUGCAAUACGGACAUCAUGUGAUGAGUACAAGAACGUGCAUGAUUAUUUAGACAGAUGGUUACCAAUUAUGUUAAUGGAAUCCUCAACUGGAGCAGUUCGGAAUGAAGAAAACUUCUGCAUCAACAAUGUACCUGUAAGUUUCAGUGGAAGGAAAGGAAAGUUUGCACUUGGUUUGCCAGAAUGUGAAGUGAGAAACAUUGAAUUUUCUGGAACACUAUCCGAUGAUGAGGAUGAGGAGGAGAACUCGGCCGGAAUGCCGUGUUAUGAUUGGUUGUGUUUAAAGACAACUGUACCAAAUACAAGCUAUACAUCAGUGGCAAGGACUCAAUCGCUGGAUUCAGUAUGGGUUGGUCAUGCUGAAAUUUCAAAAGUCAGCCGAAAAAAAGAUGCACAACCAAGUGGAAAGCUAAAAGUGUCAUUUUUACUUCAUAAAGAAACAACCAAUUUGCCACCAUCCCUGUAUCAGUCGGAUGCAAGUAUAAAAUGUAGCGUUGAGGUUUUGAGAAAAUUGGAGGUUGAUAGACGAACGGAAAGUUUCAUUAAGAUGCUUCCAGAGAUAAAGGAAACUUUGGCCGCAAAAAUAGCACUGAAUAAACCUAUGCCACCUUUGGACAAAAGCCGUAAACAUAUUGGCAGAUUGAUUGAAAGAGACCUGUAUUAUGAUGCCUCUAACGAGGAUCUACGAAAAAAAGCACUGCCAAAAAACAACAUUAAGCAACAAGAAGCUAUUGACAAAGCUUUAGAGUCAACUUUCUCUCUGAUACAAGGACCACCUGGAACGGGUAAAACAAAUACCGGGAUUAAACUGAUUUAUCUGUUUGACAAAAUCAAUGAUGUCUUACAUAAAGAAGGAAAGCAAAGGAAGCAAGUUUUAUUCUGCGGACCAUCGAACAAGUCCGUAGAUUUAGUUGCCGUAUGGAUGUUGAAUCGUAUGGGAAAUCUUCGUCCAAAUUUUGUCCGGGUAUAUGGGAGGUCAAUUGAAGCAAUAGACUUCCCCAUACCAGGAAGAACUUUUCAGUCCAAAAGAAGUACAAGGAAUCAGAGAACAGCUCCAGUGUUAUAUCAAGUUGCUCUUCAUCAUCUGAUCAGGCAGAAGGGAAAAAAACAUGCGGAAGAAAUCAACAAAAUGGAUAAAAUGUUUAAAGAUACCAAAUACGCUCCGAUGCCACAGCAAGUAAAGAAGUAUGUGCACCUUGUCAGGGAAGCGUCGAUCGAUGAAAUCAGAAAGCACGACGUUAUACUCUGUACAACAGCAGUUGGAUCAAACCCAAAAGUACUUUCGGCGGCAAGUGUUUACCAGGUCAUUGUUGACGAAGCUGGGAUGUGCCCAGAGCCUCAAUGCCUUGUCCCAAUUAUUGCAACAAAAGCGGAGCAAGUUGUACUGAUUGGAGAUCAUAAACAGCUUAGGCCGAUUGUUAUGUGUAAGGAAGCAGCAUCGCUUGGACUUGAAACGUCUUUGUUUGAACGAUACGCAAUGACAAAAUCUUCUAAAAACGUCCGAUUUACUAUGCUCGAACAUCAAUACCGAAUGCAUCCACAAAUUUGCUCUUUCCCGUCCGAGCAAUUUUACCAGAAUAAAUUAGAAACCAGGAGAGGUCUCUGGUAUGGUACAAACCUCGACAUUUGGCCAAAAGUAGGCGAUGACAGCUAUCCAUUUGUGUUGGUUCAUGUGGAAGGAAAAGAAGAGAUGCUUACUGUCUCAACAGAAGAUGGAAAUGAACAGUCAAAGAGUAACAGUGCUGAAGUUGAUCACGUGAUUGAAGUGUACUCUUACCUCACAAAGAAGAUGCAUCAGCACAAAGAGAGUAUCCAGAUUUUGUCCCAAUAUAACGCACAGUGUUCUGAAAUCAGAAGAAAAUUACAGAGCAAAGGUUUCAAUGACGAACACGUUAACACAGUUGUGUCAAGUCAAGGUGGAGAAUGGGACUAUGUGAUUUUCAGCACGGUACGAUCCUUACCCGACUACAAGAUUGAGAAGAAUCCUACUAUUGGAUGGUGUCAACAUAAUUUAGGAUUCAUAACGGACAAAAACCAAGUUAAUGUAGCAAUUACAAGAGCUAGGAAAGGCUUGAUAAUUAUAGGAAACAGAAAGUUGCUAGAAUGUGAUAGCGUUUGGAAGAAGCUCAUUGAGCGUUAUGAAAGGCAUGGCUGUAUUAUGGAACCAAAUCAGUUCCCGCCUAUACAACGGUCAAGUCAGUCAGAUAUGAAGGACAGAGGCACAGAUUCAUUUACAUUUAUAGGAGCGUCAUGGAAAAAAGGACGACCGAGGCAGUUACGGAAAUAUUAAAUAUCCUGAAUAAAAUAUUUCCUUUUUAAAAUCGAUUCAAAUACAUGCAAAAGAUUUUAUGGACUACAACAUUCCAGGAAAAUUACCAUUUCAUGAGUACAGGGUAUGAAAUAAUUGUAACAAACUGUUUUUUGUGAAAGGAAGAUAUAUUCUACGACAAUCUUGGCAAGCCUAGUCAUAAUUAUGUUGCAGCGAUUAUUUGAUAUCUGUCUACAACUAUGCCUAUACAUGUAAAAACUUUACUUGUUAUAUUUUGUGGUAUGAUAUGAAUUUGAUUGGAGACUUUAUGAUUUAAAUCAAAGGUAGAACAUCAAACACUUUCAUAUUAUGAAAAACAAGUGUUUUUCGAAUUCAAUGAUAGGUCUCUGUAAGACACAGUGUUAUUUUUUAGUUUUUAUGACAUACGUUUUUCAUAGUUAAUUACUUGGUCAGAUUAACACAGGUCAGAUUGAAACUGUUCAAAAAUAUGAUACAUCUACAUUCUGUGAAACAGCAACUUGUUUCAUGCAAGGCUUAAACCCAUAGGUCAAAGGUCACACUUAAUUUUUAAAAUUUACUAAAAUAAAUUCUGAUUUUUUAUAAGCUAGGGGUACUAAAGAGGCAAAAAUAUCUUACUAAAAUUUCAUGUUUCUUCUGUUUAUAUUAGCACGUGGUGUUAAUAUCAUCCGUGAAAAAGGGAGGAGUUACUAAACACAAGCAGUAGUUUAAAGUCAAGGAUCCGCUCGCGGUAUAUAGCACGAAGACACAUUGAAAAUUAGGGUAAUUUACUUACCAAGUUGGACGAAUUGCGAAAAGGUUUUACAGAACUGCAUAUGAUUUCAAGUAAAGAAGUUAUUGCUUACCUUUAUUACUGUAAAUGAUUUUAUAAACCGUUGAUUCAGGGGCAAAUCAUAUGAAAAUAAAACUGAAUUAAAAAAUGAUUUUGAUAUAAAGUUCAAUAAAUAGCUAUCGGAAGUACAACAUUUGAAAAGAAAUCAAAAAUUGGAAAGGGAAUACCGUUUAAAAAUCUGGAAGAGGUGUGCAUGUGUUUUGAGAAUACUAACAAACAAAAGCAGAUAUCAUAAGAAAGAAGUAAGUAUAAUGAUAUUUUUAUUAGGUUCAAGUUAAAUUGGAUUUAAAAUUGCUUGUGUCAUGGCGAUAAAGAGUAGAAGAGGGUUAUGUAUGGAAAUACUAAGGAACAAAAUGGAGUAACAUAAGAAAUUGAAUUGAGAAGAGAAGAAAUAACAAAAAAAAAAACAACAUUUAUUGCAUGUGGAAUUUAUCAAUAGUGACCUUGACCUUUGUAGUCUUUAAACCAACAGCUGUUGUUUCCUUACUAAGAUCAGUCUUAAUCUUAGAUUAAGUAAAAAUGACAUAAGUUUAGAACAUACAGCAAAAUUGUCAAACUGUCCUAUAAACUUUUGAUCCUCACUAUCAUAUUAUUUGAAACUACUGACCUUUAUUUUUGGGGUUGUUUCAUAAAGUGGUACAGAAAAAUUUCAAAAGGUAGUAUUUUCAAUGUCUGAUAUUUAUUUUCAAAGAACAUGUGAUACAGUUUGAAAAGGGACUGUUAUAAAAAAAAUUCAAACUACAUUGUACGCGUAUUUCACUUUCAUUUUAUGAACUCGCAGCUGAUUUAUAAAUUGAUUCUAACAUGAAUUUUAUGUUAUUUCCUAACUUGAAAAUUCAUUUGUAUAUUAUUUCAGCCUGCGGUUUUAUUUAGCAUACAGUAGGUGUUACCGAAUUAUCUUGCAGUUCGGCCGUGAAAUUGAGUGCAUCACAUUAUAUACUAGUGAUAGCAUGUUAUGCAGUAAAUAAACGCGGCUGCCUAAACAAAAUAUUUUUCUUUAGAUUUUUUUCCCUAACUUUUAUCCCCUUAAUAAACCCACAUUUGACGUAGCAGUUUAUCUUUAUGUCUAAAUGUUCUACUGUCAAAGUUCCAUCACUCACAAGAUACACACUUCUGUGUCAUAGCAUCACAUGAUGGAGAAACUCGUUUUCUAUAGGCAUAUUUCUUACAUUCCUCUACAUAUAUAUGACACUGUAUUCUUACAUUUUGUAUUUGCUGUUAAAGCAAGUAGAGUUUACUUGUGUCUGUAUGCACUUUUUUCUCAAGUUUAGAUAUCUAUUUCUUUGUUUGUAGAAUACUUAGAAUUUCAAUUAAAUUAAUUGUGUAGCAUUUUAAAGAGACUGAUAAAAUUAUAUGACAAACUGUCCUUCUAGAUUAUAACCAAAGAAUUCAGUACACUUAGAAAUUUUGUGGAAUUACAACUAAGGCGAAAGAGAUAUUUUUCGAGCUGUCGUUGUGUUGUAUAUAAUAAUUGAAUUGUUUCUGUACAUGUAUUUUUCUUUACUUAAUCUGUGAUAGCUCAUAAAUCUCUAAUUAAAUCGUUUUAUUUUUUACAAUGUUUUACAUUCGUCAAUAUUCAUUGAUAUAGUUUGGGUCAUGUAGACAUCCUUUCAUUUUGUAUCCGAACAAAUUAUUUUGAUAUUUUAAUGUGUGUUUAUACAUUUAUUGAAGACUGUAAAUUGAUACUUUGUGCUCGAUUUAUGUAAAUAAUUUUGUAAAGAGUAAAUAUGUAAAGCGGCACGUCUUGAGAAAAGCGGUGAUGUACUGCCUCGAGAAAAGUGAAAAGAAAUCCUUUUUUAUAUUGUGUGUAAGGAUAUAGACAUGACAUAGAAAUAUAUGAGGCUCAGCGUUUAUAUAACAUUUGCAAGGAUAUUUUUAUUAUGACUCAUUUUACAUAAUUAUUUUGCAGAUAUAGACAGUAUAGAAAUAUGUGACCAAUAUUGAACAAACGCAUGAAUGGAAAAGAUGCGUGAUAGUUAUUUUGAGUGCAUACAUAAAUCAUAUAAAAAUGUAUGAGUGUUUCUUUUAGGAGGCAUAAACGAUAUAGAAAUAUGCGAGCCAUUUUGAAGUGAGAGAAUUGAAAGAGCCUUUUUUAAACGGAGAUGUAAAUGAUAUGAAAUGAAUGAGCCAUUUUGAAUGGAGGUAUAUUUCUAUAUAAUAUAGAAAUGUGUGAACCAUGUAUGAUAUAGAAAAUAAUAAGUCAUUUGUCAGGAGUCAUUAAUGAUAUAGAAAUAUGCGAGCCAUUUAGAACGAAGAUGGAAUAUGUGCUAUUGAAAUGUGUUGACCGCUAUAUACAUGUAUACCAUGACAUAAAAUGUAAGUAGCAUAUAUGACAUAGAAUAGUAUACUUUGUACAGAGACUUAUAUGAUGAUAUAGAAACGUAAAUACAUUUUACAGUGUACUUUAUUAUUUUUUUGAUAUAAUAUAUUUAAGCAAUGAACAUUGUAAUAACCAUAAUGAUAAAACUCUUAAAUAUCAUUACCUUAAUCAUGUGUUAUGACCAUGUUCUAUAUAACAUAAAAGCUAUGAUAAUAGGUAUUGUUUUAAUAUAAUGGAAAUCAUGUUUGUAACACCAUGGUACUUUAUUUCUCUCUGUAUAUAUAUUACUUAAAAAGCAAAAAAACAAAAAACAAAAAACAAACAACAAAUGGAAAUUAAAGAAGACAUAUUUCCAGAUAGAAAUUCCUGUUUUUCCCUAGAGAAAAUAGCUUUCACUUAAGAGACGCAACAUAGUUCUAGCAUCAUUUUGACCUCAUACACUAUAUACAUAAUGCCAGCAAACACCUUUAUCUAUUUGCCAUUACAAUCUUUUUUUAACAUAAUAGUAUUACUCAAAUACAUGAUUUUACAUGCCUGCCUGUGAACAGCUGUUUUCCUAACCCUCAGGACUGUAUGGAUAACCCUAACUUACACAGGCAGGCAUGUAAGAUCCUUAUCUUACAUAAAGCACAAAGUAAUUGUGUUUUAAUCUUUUUCAGUGAAUUUCGCCCCAAUGAUUACCCAGUCUGACUAAAGUACUUGAUCUUCUUAACGAAGAUCUGAGAAUGACCCAUUCACAUUCGUCUUCUGUAUAUUUUGGAUUUCCUAUAUUGCUACUUUUAUUUGAACCAAUCAGACGACUUGUUUCUACAAGCAUCCGGCUGAACCAUAAAAGAGUGUCGAAUGUCAAAGGGUGAGAAAAAUGUGCAGUCAGUCCGGGGCUCGAACCCGGGACUCCUCGUUUACAGGGCGAGUGCCCUACCGACAGAGCUAACCGGCUGUUUGACACCUUACGUGACCAAGUCCGUACCAUGACAUAUGAUUUCUCUCAAAACACGAGGGCGUAGUCGCGAUGUGGUCAUCAAAAGAAUUGUAAAUAUGAAAAACCCAGGCUAACUAUAAUUUCUACUUUCACGUACAAAAUGUUGUAAGUAAGGCACUGAUUGGCAAGCGGAAGGGUCGUCAGAAUAUCAAUAGCACGUCUUCAGAUCCAAUGUGCGUAGCGUUAAUUGGAGAUGUACUUUAGUCAGAUUGAUGAUUACCUAAUGUGCCUUCGUUAAUAGCGAAAUAUAUAUUUAUCUGAUAUUUUUCAUAGUAGCAUUACCAUCAUAUAUAAUUUACAGUUAUAUGUUCGAAUAGAGGUAAUUCACUAACUGAAAACCAAGUUAUAAAUACUAAAAUAUAUUUCUGAACGGAUUACACAAUAUAAGUAUUAUUUCUAAACUAUGAACAUGAAAUGUUAAGUAGUUGAAUUUUCCAUAAACUCCGACUAGCUUAGUCUAGCCUCCUACAACAAAUGUUACAAAAAGUUCUGUACUAUACAAUCAAUUAUUGCUAUUUAUCUGUCGAUAUGAGGACUUGCCGACCUGGAAAAAGUGAUAGCCUGGAUUGAUAUAACUUUUCUCAGGUCGAUAAAUUCUCGUAUUGGCCACACCUAAAAGGCAACGAUUGUUUUAUUAUUGAAUAAUUUGGAUUCAUCCAAAAACGAAAAUCAUAUCCAAAUCUUCGGAGCGUUUGGUAAUUUGUCAGAGGGUCUUAGUCUCAAAUUGUUAUGACGUCAAAAUUAUAUUACGUCACUGCUGGAGGAUAGUCCGUGUUUUUGUUUUUGCUCCGCCUAUGAGUAAAUACGACUUCCUAUCAUUAGCCAUAUAACUGUGUUUAAACCAAUUGAAAGUAGUAAAAAUUUAGAUUUGAUAAUAAAUGACGUUAAGUUUUGAUUCGAUUUAAUUACUUGUAAAUUUGUUAUUUUAUACUACAAUAAAGACAGACAUAUGAUACACAACCCAUUACAUUUUAUGCCACAAUAUCAUAUUCCUUUCAGUAUUCAAUAUCAUGUUAAAUCAGUUUUCGUUUGCAAAUUUCAAGGAAAUAUUUACCUAAUUAUUAAUGCAAUAUUGUUUUACUUUGAUCUGAAUUUAUUUUAUAUUAUAUUGUAUUGAUGAUUGUUAUAGAUAUAUUUGUUUUAUAUUUUUUUACAUUCCGAUACAAACAAUUAUAUAUAAAGAACGUUUGGCUCAUGUUAUAAUAGCUAGAAUUGAUAUGAAGUAUUAUUUCUCAAGCACAAAUAAGGUUUUGCUUGUAAAUGUAACUUUCGUAUUGAUUUUGAUGCAGUUGCGUUCUUUUCAUUGACAUGUCAAUUUACAAAUUUGAAAGAUGAAGAAAGUAACAAAGUAAAGUAAUGUUCUGAGUUUUUUUUUUUCAGAAAUAAACUUUCAGGAUACCCGGUAUUACUUACUUUACAAAUGAUAGAAACGAAUUGUAUAACAAGUGCUCCUUGUGAAAAUAAAUGAUUCCCAUUAAUCUA